CAAAGAAACGGCAAAAGAACUGAAUAGGUACUUCGUAUCAGUUUUCACGUGGAAGACACCAGUGGCAUACCAGAACUUCGAAAACCUCGGGGGCAGAGCAAUUUACCAUUACCUGUGCUGGAAGAUCUUUCGCAGCCACUGACAGGAAGCCAUCUGCUAAGAAGGUCAUAUGGCUGUUUGAGGUUUGACUGCAAACUACUUGUGUUUUUCAAGAAGCUGUGAGAUGGCGGAGAGUAAGAUAGAGUUUUCUGCAAAGUCCUCCACUCAGCUAAAAAGCCGAAGCACAUUCUCCUUACUUGAGGCUGUUCUUUCUAUGGGAUACCCUGAACACAUAGCGCAGAAAGCUUUAGCUGCAACAGGAGGAAGGAGUGCACAAGAGGUUGCUGAUUGGAUAUUCGCUCAUCGUAGUGACCCCACUUUAGAUGAUCUCAUCCCACAAGAGUAUGUUCUGUACCUGUGCCCAUCAGGUACACUCUGGGACAAGCUAAUGGUCUUCUGGUCCAAAAGUCAACAACACUGCGGUCGGAAUCCAGCACAUGAAGUCUUCCCCCAUGUUACUCUCUGCCACUUCUUUACAUGUGAAGACAGUAAAGUGGAGAAUUUGUAUGAAGCACUGAAGAAAGCAGGAGACAAGUUUGCAGACCGUUUCCCAUCCUAUCUCUCUCUGAGUUUUCACUCAACCCCAAGUUAUAUUGGAUACUUCAUUGAUGAAGCAAGUGCCGAUAUCAUCAAACAGUUUGCUCUCGCCUUUGCAGCAGAGGCGAGAGCUUUGGCAGAUUGUCAGAUUGAUCUCUACAACAAACAACUGCACCUGACACUCGCUCAUAAGUUUCAGGUCCAGCAGCAGUGGAAACUGGAGGAACUCGCUCGAUCCAUCAAACUGGGGGUUAGCUGUCAUUGGACAGCAGCUAUUUAUUCCAGAGAUAUGCGAUUUGUACAUUAUCAGGUUUCACGUGCGCUUUACCCCUAUAUGCCACAGAAUGAGGAUGAACUGAAGCUAAGUUUCAGUGAUAAUAUCUUCUUGGACCCCACAAACCAGCAGGAUGUGAGUGAAGGUUGGGUCCGUGGAAUUUCACAUCGGACUGGACGGACUGGCCUUCUGCCCGAGAACUACACGGAGAGAGGGUAUGAGUCAGACACAUGGGUCAGGCACAGGACCUAUGCUUUUUGUCAGACACUCGUGAGAGCAUCCACAAAUAUUAAUGAGCAUAAUAUUUCCUCUUCACAAAACGGAAAGAUUGCAUCCUCACAGCCACAAGCAACAAACAGUAUUCAUAAACUUCUCAAGUCUCAGUUGAUUGAAGCAGCAAACUUGAGGAGAUGUGUUCUGACUAUGCGACAUGCUGAGAGAGUUGACCUGGUGUUUGGAAAGUCUUGGUUGGCACAAUGCAUCACCACUGAAGGUAGAUAUAUCAGACCAGAUUUGAACUUCCCUCACAGUAUCCCCCGGCGAGCUGGUGGUACCAAGGAUUAUGAACAUGAUGCUCCUUUGUCAUCCUGUGGGAUAUUUCAAUCUCGGUUAAUAGGUGAAGCAGUUCGCGAACAGGAACUGAUGAUCCAAUGUGUCUACUCAUCUCCUGCUCUACGAUGUGUCCAGACAGCUCACUAUGUCCUUGAAGCUCUCCACCUUGAUCCUGAAGUGAACAUCAGAGUGGAACCAGGUCUUUUUGAAUGGACCAAAUGGGAGGGUGAUCGGACAAUCCCAAACUUCAUGUCUGUGACUGAACUCAAAUCAGCAGGAUACACGGUGGAUGUCAAUUACAGUGUCCAUGUUCCUCUCUGCAAACUGGUUCCAUCAGAAACAUAUGAAGACUACAUUAGUCGGUGUUCUUCAGUAAUGAAAGCAAUUAUAGACAAAAGGGAUGAAGGAAAUAUUCUGCUGGUGGCUCAUGCUUCAACCCUGGAUUGUUGCACACGCCCAUUGCUGGGACUGCCUCCAAAGGACUCCAAGGAAUUUGUCCAAAUGGUUCGUAAGAUUCCUGCUCUUGGAUUGUGCUGCUGUGAAGAAGUCAAAGAAACAAAGAAGUGGCAAAUGAUUGAACCCCCCAUCAGGACACUGACUCAUGGACCCAACGCAGCUUUUAGUUGGAAAGAUAGCAUGCAAAUUUAAGGACAUUACAGUGAAUGCAUAAUUUCUUACCAUUGAAUUAAUCUUCACAUGUAACUGCAAACAGUUUGAUAACUGAAGUCUAAUUUAGUUAUAACUCUGAAUGAGUUCGAGAAAUAGAAGGAGUAGAUUAUUCAGGGUUGAAUCUGCUUGUUCAUUCACUCUGAACACUUGGUUCUACCUAGACUUGAUUCUAACAUCUAAUUAGUCUUGAAUUCACUCUAUGACUGAGCAUCUACAGUGUUCUGAGGUAGAGAAUUCCAAGGGCUGUCAAGAUCACAAAUGACAAAAUUAUUUCUGAUUUCAAACUUAAGUUAUUCUUAUCCUGAAAUCAUUUCAUGAAUUUGAGGUUUUAAAUUGGAAGCAAAAACUUCUUGACAUCUGGACCUCUCAGGUUCCUGAGAAUCUUAAAGGUUUCAAUGAGAUCACCUUGUAUUCUUCUUAACUCAAGGGAGGAGAAGUCUCUUUCACUCAUCUCUCAUCAUAAGACAACACCAUCUUCCCAAGAAUUAAUGUUUAUAUGAAUGUUUACGUCCUUAGCUAAGACCACAGAAUUGAGCACAAAUUACUGACAUAGAUAGGAAGAAACAGAGUUGGUGUAAUGGGUAAGUAUUCAA